UUUAAAUCUACGUCACGAAACCACUUCCGACGCACGUUGCUCGCUAGCUGUUUAGACAUUAGCAAUAGCUAGCAUCGCAUUUACGGUUUCCCAUGGCGAAUGGGUGUAAAGACGUGUUGUUUAGUCGUGGAACUGGACAGAGUGAUGACUCAGAUAUUUGGGAUGACACUGCUCUCAUAAAAGCAUAUGACAAAGCAGUAGCAUCAUUCAAGACUGCCCUGAAGGGGGAAGAUGAUCCACAAGCUUCCAAGAAAAGUCUCCCAGGAAAGAAACGCAAGAACAACAAAAAGAACCAGAGCAGAAAAAGAAACAAUGGAGCAGCGGAGAAGGAGUGGCAGGUUGGGGACUCCUGCAGUGCUUAUUGGUCAGAAGACGGGCAGCUGUAUGCUGCCACCAUUUCUUCUAUAGACUGGAACAAAGGCACCUGUGUAGUUGUCUAUAAAGGUUAUGGCAACGAGGAGGAGCAGAACCUUGAUGACUUGCUUUCAGAGAUUUCAGAGGCAGAUGAGGAAUCUCAGCUUAAGGUAAAUGAAGCUGAAUCGUCCACUGAGGAAAGUGACCGGUCGAGCUCAUCAAACCUAAGCAAACAUCAACCUCACAGUAAAACCCAGAAGUCUAAACCAAGCAGAGAUUCUCCUCCAAUGCAUUCUCCUGGUUUCCCCGGGUUUCCUCCUGGUCCACCUCCCUCGCAUAUGUUCAGACAGAGGAAAAAUCAGCAAUCCAGUGAUCCGGGACCUGUACCUCCUCCCUGGCCUCCCAUGAUGCCCUUUGGCCCACCUAUGAUUCCUCCACCUCCACCCAUGAGUCCUGACAUGGUGGAUGAUGAAGCCUUGGGAAGUGUGCUCAUAUCAUGGUACAUGAGUGGAUAUCACACAGGAUACUACCUGGGGUUAAAACAAGGACGCAAAGAAGCUGCCAAGUGGACGAAACUGCACCACAAAUGAAAGUUUGACCCCAAACAUUUGAGUGAUGUAACCCCUCCCAUCAGCAGCUCUUCUGCCUUUGAAUGGCUGUCAGUUCAAAAGUUCUUGGAUUCAUUUGUAAAUAGAGUAAAAUAAAGACUAUUACAACAAUG